UUAUAUGUGAAAAAAAUCUAUUUAUAAAUACCUAGAGUAUAUGUUUCUUUUGUGUCCAUUUAAUUUUAAGUUCUAUGUAAAGACUUCCUAUUACUUUAUGUUAUUUUAAGAAGAAAAAUGUGUUACAGGGAAGUGAAGUUAAGAGAUCUAUAAUAGGAGCAUGAAAUGAAGCAUUAACAUGUAUUUCAAGUUGUGUAUGUUUGGGAUAUGGAUAGCUUAUGUAACUUCGAAUGAACACAAAAUAGAGUACACAAUAGACUCUGAACGAGCACAGGAAAGUCAUGUUAUUUCUUUCCAUGAUGAUCGGAGAGAAAAAAGACAAGUGGAAAACAGUUGGUCUUCAAGUACGACAGCACACAGUAAUAUAUCAAUUAAACCAACAACACAAACUAUUAAGCCCACUCCAAACAUAUCUAGUAUUCUGCCUUCUACAACAAAAAUGCCAAGUACAACACGAUUAAAAUCUACAACAAAAGCGCCAAAUACAACUCGACUGCCGUCUACUACAAUGGCGCCAAAUACACCAAGACUGCCGUCUACAACAAAAGCGCCAAGUACAACAAGACUGCCGUCUACAACAAAAGCACCAAGUACAACAAGAUUGCCGUCUACGACAAUAGCGCAAAGUACAUCAAAACUGCCGUCUACAACAAAAACGCCAAGUACAACUCGACUGCCGUCUACACCAAUAGCGCCAAGUACAUCAAAACUGCCGUCUACAACAAAAUCACCAAGUACAACAAGAAAGUCGCCUACAACAAAAGCACCAAGUAGAACAACAGAGGGCUUGUCAACAGCAACUACUACAGUUUCAAAAGAAACUACGUUUAACCCGCCACAAACAACAUACGUUAAGCAAUCAAACACUCAUCAGUAUUACAACUCUACAGUUAUUCAUGAUGGUAAUGGCGUCUAUUGGGAUGAACUUGAAAACCAUACUACUCACGUGGUCCUGUCGAAUGCUAAAUACUUAUCGUCAGCGGGUUUGGAAUUGCCAUUUACAAUGCCAUUUUACGGUCACAAUAUAUCCAAAGUACAACUUACAACAGGAGGGUUUAUAUACAUGGCUCCAUUUGUACACAAGUUUUUGACCUAUUCUCAGUAUGUGGCUCCACUGAUGGCGAACUUUGAUACACAAACAAAUAAUUCAGAUAUAUUGUAUAAGAAAUAUAAUGACAGUGUAGUAAUUGAAUGGCGCAAUCUUCAUCUAAAUGAUCAGCGAUAUCAUGGCCAAUUUAGAUUUCAGGCCAAAUUAUUUCAAAACGGUAGCAUUAUGCUGGUAUACAAAACGAUUCCAGCACCCGUUAUGAAUAUAUCAACAGACAAUCAUCCUGUAAAACUUGGUAUAUCUGAUGCAUUCUAUAUGGAUUACACUCAAAAUGGAAUACGCUACAGACGGAUAUAUAAGUAUCAUGCUGUCGACAUUGAGAAGUCUUUGGUGACCAAUAAUACAGUAGUUAUUUUUCAUCCUUUACCAACAUGUAAUCAGGCAACUAGUUGUGAUCAUUGUAUAUCUAGAGAUAUAGAUUUUGAUUGUUCAUGGUGUCCGAGCGUUGGGCGAUGUUCUAAUGGUUUAGACUGGUACAGACAAGAAUGGAGUGAAUCAGAGUGUUUGGCAAAAGCUGGCAAUACUUCAGAUAUCUGUAGGGUGACAACAGUAGCAUCAACUACAAAACUUACUACAACAAAACCACAAAUAACGACAAGAAUACCAAGUACAUCUACACCACCAAGUACAACUUCACCACCAAAAACUACAACUAUGCCUCCAUCUACACCAAACCCAACGACAACAGAAGCUUCAACAGCUAUACCAACAACGCCAGCAACAACAAGUACACAAGUAACAACAACCCCUUCAACUCCAUCGACACCAACAACAUUGCCUUCUUCUACUAAAGCGACGACGACUCCAACAACUACUACUCCGACUACUACUAAACCAACUACAACUAAACCAACCACUACUAAACCGACGACGACCCCAACUACUUCUUCACCAGCUACAUCUAAACCAACUACAACCAAACCAACUACUUUUCAACCAACUAAUACCCAACCAACUUCUACUAAAUCGACGACGACUCCAAGUAGUACCGUAUCGUCGACUACACUAUCGUCAUCAAAUCAACCUCAAGUGCAACGUAAUACGCAAGGAAAAGAGUCUUCUAACAAAGCAGCUGUGGUAGUCCCGAUUGUACUGUUUCUACUGCUUAUUGUUGGUCUAGUUGGUGGUUGGGUAUAUUACGCUUAUACACACCCAAAUACUAGUGCUGGACAAUGGCUUAUAGAGCAUCGGCCAAGUCAAUUGAAAUCAAGAUUUUCCGAUAUGUUUAAGCGGAGUACGGAAACUGGGGAGAAGUAUAAAGUGAAAAACGAAGACAUUGAAUUUAACAUGGAUGAUAACAUGGAUGAGUCAGUUGCCUAAGGCAGUAUUUUUGUUUACCUAUUGUAUAUCGAAAUACAUUCUCUGCACAUGGAAGUGGAAGUGCAACACUUUAUAAGUAUAUAUAUAUACUUGUAUAAUGUACAUUUGAUAAUAUUGGUUGGUGCUUAAUGUACAAGUGAUUGAAAGUUGAUUCAUAUUUGUAUACACUUUAUAUAGUUGUUGUGUCUACAUUUCUGCAUCCUGUUUACUUUUAAUGUGUUCAAUCUAGAGAGGAUACCGGUAGUGCAUAUCAAAACAAACUUGAAUAGAUGAACAAAGUCAAUAAGGUUUGCUAGUUCUCUUUUUCGGGAUAUUGUUGUAAUUGAGUUGUUUUCAGCAUCAUUACUGUUUUGAAACACUUUGAAGGGUUAUUUACUUCAAUACAUACGUGGCAUUGACCUGAUUAAGCAUAAAUGUUUAGAAUAUUUGAUUAAAAAUCUUCUAUAACGUUGUAAUUUAAUCGGUUUUCAACUGUUUUUCCGAGUUUCAUUGGUGAGUCAAGUGUAGACUAAAUCAUUGCCUGGACUACUUAAUCAUAAGACUGGUAUUCGUUUUCAGUUCAAAACCUCAAUUUACUGCCUCAAAUUGUCUGUGGACCAGUCGAAUGUCUGAAUGAUAAUCGAUUGUGAGGUAAUAAAUAUGUGUGUUUUUUUAAAAUCUCAACACUUGCCUAUAUCAACCAAAAGCACAACAGGAAACCGCUUUCAUAUUUAUGGCAUCUCUCAAAAAUGAAUCUUGGUUUAACCUGUUGGUAUAGCUAGCUAAACCUCCCAUUUGUUUGACAAUUACAUAUAGUUUCGUUAUAUUGACAAAAUUAAUAGAUAUUACAAUAUUUGGAAUAUAUCAAGUGCCUUAUUACUUCUGAGUGAUAUUCAUCAUUUUUCAAACGCUUUAUAUGUAUAAACUGUAAAAAUUGUAUCUGCCGUACGGAUGAGAAAAUGAAAUGUAAUUUGACGGCUUCCUAGAUCUUUAAUUGAAAUUUUGCUGUGAAAGGGUAGUUGGUAAAUUUGGGACAAAAAUUCUGAAUGCAAUUUGAACAAAAAUCUUCACCAUCCUUAAGUUGUUACUGAGUUCAACAAUUAAUAAAAUAAGAGUUGAAACGAAGUCUGGUAGUUUUAUGUAAAGUUAUAAUAAGUAUAUACAUGAAAUGUUUAAGCAUGUUUUAUUGUUAUAUUGUUAAUGUUUCACACUUUUUAUUUGAAAUACAAUUAGAAUAGACUAUGUACAGGGAAAAUGCGUCAAAGAGAGAUCAACCUGAUCAAACAGCAGAAAAAUUAGUUAAUUAAGAUAACUAAAGGUUUGUAGAUGAUGAGUGUAUUUUAUACUUUUAUACUGUAUCUUUUUGAUUUCUAUAAUUCUGUUACAUAAAAUUACUAUAUUUAUAUAGGCACUUUAUGAAAAUCAACAUUCCAUUAAGUAUUUGUUAUUGUCAACUAUGUGAUAAAAAUAUUGUUAUCAUUUACUAUUUAUAUUUUGAUAAAAUGUGUGUAUCUGAUAAAAAAAAAUUUU